UAAGAAAUCUACUAUUUCCACUCUUGACUCACUCUGAGUCUUCACAGGGCAGUCUGCGAAGAUCACAGACAUUGUUUGUUCUUGUCCUGGAUUUACGCCUUUAAAUUUCACCUUUUAUUACUCAACUAUAGCAGGCCUUUUUAUGAGACUAACCUGGCCUCUCCACUAAAGGAUGUGUGACUUUCUGGGGACAGAAGAGCACAGUCCCUGACAUCACACACUGCAAAGAUGGAUAACCAAGGAGUGAUCUACUCCGACCUAAAUCUGCCCCCAAACCCAAAGAGGCAGCAACGAACACCUAAGAGCAAUGAAAGCUCCAUUUUAGUAACUGAACAGGAAAUAACCUAUGCAGAAUUAAACCUUCAAACAGCUUCUCAGGAUUUUCAAGGGAAUGACAAAACCUAUCACUGCAAAGAUUUACCAUCAGCUCCAGAGAAGCUCGUUAUUGGGAUCCUGGGAAUCAUCUGUCUUCUCUUAAUGGCCUCUGUGAUAACGAUAGUUGUUAUUCCCUCUACAUUAACACAGAGGCACAACAAUUCUUCCCUGAAUACAAGAACUCAGAAAGCAUAUCAUUGUGGCCAUUGUCCAGAGGAGUGGUUUAUGUAUUCCAACAGUUGUUAUUACCUUGGUAAGGAAAAAAGAACGUGGGAAGAGAGUUUGCUGGCCUGUGCUUCGAAAAACUCCACUCUGCUUUCUAUAGAUAAUGAAGAAGAAAUGAAAGUUCUGGCUGCCAUUUUACAUUCCUCAUGGAUUGGUGUGUUUCGUAACAGCAGUCAUCGUCCAUGGGUGUCAAUAGACGGUUUGACUUUCAAAUAUAUGAUAAAAGACUCAAAGAAUGAGGAACGUAACUGUGCAAUGCUGCAUGUAGAUGGAUUUAAAUCAGAGCCAUGUGGAUCUUUAAUACUACAUCAUUGUAAGCGUAAGCUUAGGAAUUAAAGCAUUUGAGUUGGCAGUACAUCAGACAAAUUUUAUGUUUCUUAAAAUAGAAAUAAUAUUAUGAUUGCAUAAAUUUUAAAAUGAAUUAUGCUAUUUGCUCCCAUAAUAAGAAAAUUCGGAAUCAAUUAUUGAAAUAGGAUGUGCACAAUUACUAACGUACAGAUAUCCCCGCAUUUGUGUUGGGCUCAUUUUGCUCAACAUGAUGUUUGUGGCAUUCAGCCUUUCUUAAAGGUGCAUAUUAUGUGAAUCAGUUUAUAUGAACUAUCAAGAACAGGCAAACGCAUGCGACAGAAAGAGUAGUGGUUGCCAAUGCCUAAAGGAGAUUGAAAUAGGAGGUGGCCACUAAUUGCUAGAACGUUUCUUUGUGUCGUGAUGAAAACUUUCUAAAUUUCAGUAGUGGUGAUGGUGGUAACUUUGUGAAUGUACUAAAAAUCACUGAUUUUUAAUCAUUAUAAGUGGAUGAAAUUUAUGCUAUGUACAUGACACUUCAAUAAAUUUGUCCAG